AGGAGCCGGGAACGGCCCUGCUCGGCGUCCGCGGGAUGAAACGGCCCCGCAGCCCCGCGGGGCCCUUUAACCAGCAGCCCCCGCCGCUGCGCUGGUAGCGGAGCCUUGUCCCGGGCGUUCUCGCCGCAGCCUUCCAGCCCGACCCGCGGCGCCGGGGCAGGACCGCCCGCAAGUAAUCAUGUUUGAAAUCAGGAAGAUUUGCUGCAUUGGUGCAGGUUAUGUUGGUGGGCCGACCUGCAGUGUUAUUGCACAGAUGUGCCCCAACAUCAAAGUUACCGUCGUGGAUGUCAAUGAGGCCCGAAUCAAUGCCUGGAACUCAGACACGCUCCCGAUCUAUGAGCCAGGGUUAAAAGAAGUUGUAGAAUCCUGCAGAGGAAGAAACCUCUUCUUUUCCACCAGUAUUGAUGAUGCCAUUAGAGAAGCUGAUCUUGUAUUUAUUUCUGUUAACACCCCGACAAAGACCUAUGGCAUGGGAAAAGGUCGAGCAGCUGACCUGAAAUACAUUGAAGCUUGUGCUAGACGAAUUGUACAAAACUCAAAUGGCUAUAAAAUUGUCACUGAGAAAAGCACAGUUCCAGUACGUGCUGCGGAGAGCAUUCGUCGAAUAUUUGAUGCUAAUACCAAGCCUAACUUGGAUUUGCAGGUGCUGUCUAACCCAGAGUUCCUUGCAGAAGGAACAGCCAUCAACGACCUGAAGAACCCUGACAGAGUGCUUAUUGGUGGAGAUGAUUCUCCAGAAGGACAGAAAGCUGUCCGUGCUCUUUGUGCUGUCUAUGAGCACUGGGUGCCCAAAGAAAAAAUCCUCACAACAAAUACCUGGUCAUCAGAACUUUCUAAGCUGGCAGCUAAUGCUUUCCUUGCCCAAAGAAUCAGCAGCAUUAACUCAAUCAGUGCUCUGUGUGAAGCUACAGGAGCAGAUGUUGAAGAAGUAGCAAGAGCUAUUGGAACAGACCAAAGAAUUGGAAAUAAGUUUCUCAAAGCCAGUGUUGGGUUUGGAGGUAGCUGUUUUCAGAAGGAUGUCUUGAAUUUGGUGUACCUCUGUGAGGCACUGAACUUACCUGAAGUAGCCCGCUACUGGCAACAGGUAAUAGACAUGAAUGAUUAUCAGAGAAGAAGAUUUGCUUCUCGCAUUAUUGACAGCUUGUUCAAUACUGUCACUGAUAAGAAGAUUGCUAUUUUAGGGUUUGCAUUCAAAAAGGAUACUGGGGACACAAGAGAGUCAUCCAGUAUCUACAUUAGCAAGUAUUUAAUGGAUGAAGGAGCAAAGCUCCAUAUCUAUGAUCCUAAAGUACCUAAGGAACAAAUCAUCUUGGAUCUCUCACAUCCAGGUGUCUCAGAAGAUAAUCAAGUGUCUCGGUUGGUUACUAUAAGUAAAGAUCCCUAUGAAGCCUGUGAUGGAGCUCAUGCCCUUGUAAUUUGCACUGAAUGGGACAUGUUUAAGGAGUUGGAUUAUGAACGUAUUCAUAAGAAGAUGCUGAAGCCUGCAUUUAUCUUUGAUGGUAGGAGAGUUCUAGAUGACCUUCAUAAUGAACUACAAGUCAUUGGCUUCCAGAUUGAAACAAUUGGAAAGAAGGUGUCAGCCAAAAGAAUUCCUUUUGCUUCCUCAUGUGAAAUUCCCAAGUUCAGCCUGCAGGACCCACCUGUCAAAAAGCCUAGAGUAUAAUGUUUAAUAGGUGUUGAAGGAAUUCUGUGGACCUUCUUAGGUAUAAUAACUGUAAGCCUAUGCUUUUUUAAGGAAAAAUAUUUUUCAUAAACUAAAAACCAAUUUUACACUAGAAAUGGUACCUGGUACAUGUGAAUUCAGUCUAUUUUCAAAUCUCUAUUUUUAUAGCAAUUUUUUUGGUUACUGAAGAUGGUACACACGUUUUUAAUAAUGAAACAUCUUUUAAGUGGAAAAGUUACCUUCAAACUGCAGAUUUUUGCUUCCAGUGAUCUUCCUAAGCAGCACUUUGAAUGUUUCAAGUGAUAUGAAAGCAAAAAGGUUAGAAUAUCUUUUCACUUCAGUCCAGUUAUGGACAGCAAUCAUUAACUUUGGUCUCACCAAUUUUUCUUUUUUUUUUUUUUUUUCUGGGGUAAUUCCAUGACUGGUUAAAUGCUUGCUCUAACUGGCAUUGAAGUAAAAAGGUAUGUUCUAAGUGAAUUUGGUGAGAUUUGGGGUGAGACCUAAAACAGAAAUUGUUGUGACAGGAAUACCCUGAUCCUGGUUGGGAUCAGUGGGCACUGAUGCAGUCUAAACUGCAUAGGUUGGGAGGCCAGAUAAUUCUGCAGGCAUCUAUCAUGUAACUAAUAACAGUGGUAUAACAGUGGUAUAACAGCUGUAAUCUGAUCCACUGGCAGAUCUUUGACUUUUGAUUCUUGGGUUGUUUUGCCUACAUUCCAUGUGCAGCCACAUAAAUUAUUGAUCUAAUCAGAUUCCUGGGGCAAGUUUUUCCUAAGUGACAGCAAUACAACUCAUCUUCAGCAGAGAAGCGUUCUCUUGUUUGAACACUGAAUUUAAGCAGAAUCACCUUAAUCUGGUGUCAGUCCAAAUAGAAAGCAAAUGUUGGAUUCAAAGCUACCUGAUGGGUAUUUUUCUCCCUUCCUUUCUGCUUAUGUACUUCAUCUCAGAGCAGUUUUCUUAAUGAAUCUGCAAAAAUUAUUCUCUGCUGUUAAGAAAUGAUAAAUAAUAAAAAUUUAGCCCCACAAGUCAGUCAGCUUGCUACCUCAUUUAAUUAGCAGGAAUUAAUAUUUCCUAUGUUAUCUUGGUAUUUUUGCCUUUACUAUUACUUGUUUUUAUUUCUACUUGUUUUUAUUAUUCCUAAGUGACCAGUGCUAUUAAAAUCCUUGAGAUGGCAAGAGUUUGCGUUUGGCUUGUUCCCUGGUGUUGUGGAGGGGAGGACAGAAGGAUGACCCUGAACAGAUUCCGGACUGGAAGGCAUAGAUGUCUUAGUUAAAUAAUGGUAGUGUUGGGAUGUUACAGAAUUAUCUUGUAACUAGUCACAAUAAUACCUUCUGAAUUUAUUCAAAAGGUGUGCCUUUGAGUAUACUAUGUCAAGACUUAAAAGGAGCCUAAGACUAGUGUUGUCUUAGUGACGAGUGCUAUUAUUGUCACAGUUUACCCACAGAAAUGUAGAUACAAUCUAAGCUUUAAGACAGGUAGACGGGUAGACGAUACAACACACUGUUAUCUGACUGAAAUAGCUGCAUCCUUGAACCAGGUGCUUUCAGAUUCUGCAGUUAAUGGCUUCCACACAGGGACUUACUAUGCAACAGUCACUCAGGACUUUGGGCAAAUAUGCCUUGGACUUCUUGUUCUGUCACACAGUUAUUCUGUGAAGAGCACAUCAGAAGCCACUGGCUUAAAAUCAAAACUGAUUGGUUUUUUACCUUGCCAUCUUUUCUUCCAAUUCACUAGCACUGCUUUCAUGCAACACCCACAGAACAGGGACGACUGAUACAGUUGUGGUAUUUUUAAGUGUUCUAAUUCAACUGAUAGAUCACCCUGUCUCUGCAAGUAGGCAUCAUCUUGACUACCUCUGCCCCAAUAGCACCUCAGAGGGCAGGCUGGCCAUUCCUCCUUGGGGAUUAAGAAGGGUACUGACAAGUUGUGCUCAAAGGAUCUCUUGUCCUGAACUAUCCUGAGGGUAGCACAGCACUCCUUCAGGGCUCAUCUUAACAGGGAGGGCAAGUAGAUGCUUCUAAAAAUCAGGAUGGUUUUCAGAAACUUGCACACAGCUGCAAUAGUAGUGCCUCUGUAUGGGACCUGUCCUCAUCAGCUUGAAGUAGAUGGAUGAACCAUUAAACUCUUGUGUGAAGUGUUGCUCCUGUUAAGAAUGUGCAAGAGCUACAAGGCUUAGGAAAGAGGAAGCAUCAGAUGCUUUCUGAAGAGCAGCAAGGGGUAAAACUGGUACUGUAAUUUCCCCUGCUUUCUAGGAGAGGCAGCUUAGUUUCAUUGUGGCUGCAUUCUUUUAGUGGGACAUGGAUUGUGGGAUGAAUCCAGUCUCAACAGCUGCUGCUGGGCCAUGCCUUCAGGAUACUGAAAUACUUUACCUUGCACAUAUGCAAGAAAACCUUAUCUUAGGCCAAAAGAUCAGGCUUUGGAAGCUUGUGCAGCACUGUGACUCACAAGCCAUCAUCUUCACAGUACAGUUGCCAGGGAAAUAAGAACUGGAAUGACUUAUUCCUGCUUUGAAGGCUUGAGUAGUGCCUAUAAGAGAUGUUUGAUGCUAUUGAGUCUCUGUCUAUAGGAUCUUGCAGCAUGUAAUCCUUGAGGAGAAUUAUGUAGUAUGAGUAAUAGACUCCUGUGCUCUGAAAUUGCUCUUAAAACACAAUCCCUCAGUAACACUGCUUUUCACUACAAAAAUGUGAAUACACCAGCUGAAGCAAAUCCAGCUUUAAUGCAAGCCUAGGAAUAGUAUGGUACAGAAUGCAUAAAUUAAGAUGUGCACAGACAAAUUGCGAAUGCUAGGCAAGGUGUUCUAUUUUUCUUUUGUGUAUGUGAUGAACCUUUUAUUGUUCCAGGUCUAUGAUAGUUGAGAAUAUUCCAAGUGAAUAGAAUAUAUUUUGACCAAAACUAGUUAGUAUAGGAGCAGUUAGGGAUGAGAUUUUGUACUGGCUAACAAGUUCACACUUUUCUCUAUCACUUGGGGUUCUUCUAUUGAUCUAGAAUUUACAGUAGCACUAUAAUCUUGCUCAACAGCUGAAGUUUCAAUGAGUUGUAAAAUAAUGCAGAGAAGCAUAAUGGGUUGUUAUCUACCAUUACUUUAGGAAUACUGGAGUCAAUUUUCAUUACUUUCUUUAUCUAUUCUGAGCUGUGAAUUUCUAUUACAAGUUGAACAUCUGCAAUAAAUUGUCACAUGGUGUAGUAUCAAAAUAUAAAUACUUGGAAUUUUAUUUUUAAAUUAAAAGGACACCAAUACUAAUUCUUGAUCAAGUAGGAAAAAAAAAUAAAACUAUUCUUAAAUGAAAA